CAGCCCCCCUCCCCCGCUCUCCCUCCCCCUGAUGCAGCUCUUUGCUCGCGCUCUCCCCUUGUCCCGUUCCUUGCCUCGUCCAGCCAUGUCCACCCUCCUGUCCAACAAGCUCAGCCUCUCCGACAUCAAGCCGGAGCAGGUGGCCGGAAAGCGCGUCCUCGUGCGCGUGGAUUUCAACGUCCCCCUGAAGCACGAGGCCGGUCGUGGGGCUACCAUCACCGAUGACAGCCGCAUUACCGCCACCCUGCCGACCCUGCAGGCUCUGCAGGCUCUCAAGCCGGCGGCCAUUGUCCUGAUCAGCCAUCUGGGCCGGCCGGAUGGCAGCGUCGUGCCCAAGUACUCCCUGGCCCCGGUGGCCACGCACCUGGCCGGCCUGCUCGGGUCUUCGGUUACCCUGCUGACCGAGAACAUUUCCACCGACUGCGAGGCCAUCCGCAACAAGCUGUCUGCCGCGUCCGAUGGUCAGGUUUUCAUGCUGGAGAACAUUCGCUUCUCCCCCUUCGAGGAGGGCAAGUCCGUCGUCGAUGGCAAGAAGCUUACUGCCUCCAAGGAGGACAUCAAGACCUUCUGCGAUGCCCUCAGCAGCUUUGGCGACAUCUACAUCAAUGAUGCCUUCGGCGCCGCCCACCGUGCCCAUAGCUCCGUUGUCGGUGUGUCCCUGCCGAUCCGGGCCGCGGGCCUGCUGAUGGAGCGCGAGCUGCGCUACUUUUCCAAGGUCCUUGAGGGGCCGCAGCGGCCGCUGGUUGCCAUCCUGGGCGGGUCCAAGGUGUCCGACAAGAUCCAACUCAUCAUGCACCUCCUGGAUCUGGUCGACUCGCUGAUCAUCGGUGGCGCCAUGGCCUUCGCAUUCAAGAAGACCAUUGAGAAUGUCAAGAUCGGCAACUCCCUUUUCGACGAGGAGUCCGCCAGCCUCUGCCAGCAGAUCAUUGAUCGCGCCAAGGAGCGCGGCGUCACCAUUCACCUCCCGGUGGACUAUGUGACCGCCGACCGCUUCGCCCCCGAUGCCACGGUCGGUCAUGCCACCGACGCCUCGGGCAUUCCCGAUGGCAUGAUGGGCCUGGACAUCGGCAGCGAGUCCGCGGAGAAUUUCGCCAAGGCCAUUCGCACUGCCAAGACUGUUGUCUGGAACGGCCCGGCUGGCGUCUUCGAGUUCGAUGCCUUUGCCAAGGGCUCCAGUGUGAUUGCCGACGCCGUGGUCGCGGCCACUGCCGACGGCGCCACCUCCAUUGUCUGCGGUGGUGAUACCAUCACCGCGGCCGCCAAGUUUGGCCUGACCGAGAAGUUCUCCCAUGUCUCCACCGGUGGUGGUGCCAGCCUCGAGCUCCUGAGUGGCAUCCAGCUCCCCGGUGUCGUGGCCCUCUCCAGCAAGAGCGACUAAUGGUCGAACAAUUGCCCGGCCGAGCGAUGGCCCGAGGCCUCCGCGGGACGAGGACCUCCUGUUGUGUGCUGUCUCUCCCCUUUCUUUUUUCUGCCAGGUGCAUUGGAAUAUACGCGUGCCAGCCUUAAGAGCAUCCUUGUCAGUGCUUGCGCCUCGUCUCCCCCCUCCUUCUGCCCCUCUGGGAGCACAUCGAUAUGCGGA